AUGGAACCUUCCCAAGAGUUAGCAUCAGAAGGGGAAUUCAAAGGCACUGAGUCUGGAUGGACCACUUAUAUUGGCUCUCCUCUCUACAAUGAAGGCUCCAAUGAUGAUGAUGAUGAUGAGCAAAGUGUAGAUAUUGAAGACCAUGGCAACAAUUACAAGAAUGCUCAUGAACACACUGAAAACAAAGGAGAGAAAAACAACAAUGAAAGCAAUAGAGAUACAGAUGAAGAGAGUGAUGAUUCCAUGGCUUCUGAUGCAGCUUCUGGACCAAGUCACCUUCAAUUUCUUUGCAUAAACAGUGAGGUAAGUCACGGCUUGGACUUCACAGAACAUACUGAAAAUGAAAAUGAGAAGAUCCCUUUGGUCAAGAGAGCCACCAAACAGGAAAGAAAGGCAAGAUAUGAAGGAAUGGUUGUGAAAGAAGAGGGUUCAUUGCUUGUGGCAGAUAGUGCUGCCAGUCAUGUUUAA